AUGGCUUCAACAGAAGCGCCACCUCGCGCACAUGACCGACAUGGGCGACGCCGACCUUUCACAACCUGGAUGCGACGUCUCGCAAACCUCAAAUCCCUCCACGUCGAUUCGAAUGAUACCAACACCAGUCCACGCCGCUCCAACCUCCCUACGAGCAGCAAGUCCAAGAAGGGCAAUAUUGCAAAGAACAAUCCCUACCCUCUCUCAUCGCGAACCGAGUCUCAACACAAUGGGCACCUAUCGUUCUCUACUCACUUAUCCUCGCAAUGCUCUCGACACAGCUCCCUCUCCCAAAGCAAACACUCAGUGUCCAUCUCCCACGAGAGCCAAACAGGCAAUAAAUCAAGAGCGCCCACGCUGGCCACACAAGCAGAAACCGCUCUGUCCGAACUCGCCCCCUCCGGCGCAGGCACAAGCGCGACGGCGCCACGUACCGAUGGUGGCCGCGACAGCACAUUCUCCUCUCCCGCCCCGUCCAUACGCUCCAUGGCCACGACCCUUACGACGGUCCAGUCCUUAGCUGCUACCACGCACAACAAUAAUACCCACAACCCCCAUACACUCAGCCACACGCCCUCACACUACAGUGGCCAGCCCGCCACCGCUGUACCUGCGCACCUUGCCCCCCACAACGGCCCAACGACCUAUCAGUCUGCGACGGCGAAUAACAUGCUCACGGACGACGCGUCGAUCUUGACGCUCGCUAGUUCAUCGAAGCGCCGCCGUCGCAACUCCGUCGAUACGAACGCUAGCAUGAAAGCGCUUGCUCCGGCGAGCAUGUUCGGAGGCAGUCGCGAGAGCUUACCCUUGUCCGUCCUAUCCGGCACAGCGAUUCAUCCCGGGGCGGAUAACGCGUCCCUGCGCGAAGGCUCCGCAUAUCCACGGUCGGCUUUGAACGCGGAGCGGGCGAGUUUGAUCAGCGCGUCCGGCGUGACUGCGCCGGCGUUGGCAAGUGAGCGAAAUAGUUACAUUGGGAGCAAGUACGGCGAUGCGGCGAGCGUGAGGAGUGGGUUGUUGGGUGCAGGCGGAGGAGGUGGACAUGGUCGAAAUGAUAGCAUGAGUGGCAGUAUUGGUCAGAGCAGGGAUAGAGAUCGAGAUAAGGAUAGGGAGAGAGACAGAGAAAGUGGGAUGGUCACGGCACCGACGAGUCCAUUGACCGAAGAGCCCGGGAUGGCCAGUCAGUAUGGUACUAAUACUGCUACUACGACUACAGCAACGCUGGGGGAAGUUAGUGAGAAAUUGAUGGACGAGAAGAAGACGAUAGAAGAGCGUUGA